AUGGCAGACUUGUCAUUUGCCUUGAAACUAAUGGUUGCCUGCAUAAUUUUCAUAACACCAUCGUUAGCUUUUGGAGCUUUAGUGCAAAGAAGAUUUGUUAUUGGAACACAGAAGGUGUGGAGACUCUGCAAAGAAAAGGAGAUUGUGACUGUUAAUGGGAAGUUUCCAGGGCCAACCAUAUAUGCUCAUGAAGGAGACAAUAUUGUUGUUGAAGUGCAGAACAAUGUGGCAGACAAUAUUACCCUACACUGGCAUGGUGUAAAGCAAAUAAGAUCAUGUUGGGCAGACGGACCAGCCUAUGUAACACAGUGUCCCAUUACUCAAGGGAAUUCUCAUACAUACAAUUUUACAAUCACAGAACAAGAAGGAACAAUGUGGUGGCAUGCCCACAUCUCAUAUCUUCGAGCUACUGUCCAUGGAGCUUUAAUUACUUAUCCCCGCAUUGGGAAGCCUUAUCCAUUUCUUAAACCAGCUGCUGAGUUCCCCAUUAUAUUAGGUGAAUGGUGGAAAAUGGAUGUGGAAGAAGUGAUAAGGAAAGCUCUUGAUAGAGGAGAAGUGCCAGAGAAAUCUAAUGCAUACACCAUCAAUGGCCAACCAGGAAACUAUUUUCCAUGUUCUAGAAAAGAAACUUCAAAGAUUUAUGUGGAGCAAGGAAAACAAUACCUACUGAGGAUAGUGAAUGCAGGUUUGGAUUAUGCAUUCUUCUUCAAAAUUGCAAAACACAGACUCACUGUUGUGGCAAUGGAUGCUUCCUACACAAAACCAUACAAAACAGAAGUAAUACUAAUACAACCAGGCCAGACCAUGGAUGUCCUCCUAAAUGCUCGCCAGCCCUUAAAAAAAUACCAAAUGGCAGCCUGGGUAUACAAUAGCAAGCCAAUUGAUGACAACUUCACAAAGACCUCAGCAACAGCAAUCCUCAAAUACAGAAGCAGCAGAGGCUUUGUCCCAGUCUCCAAUCUUCCACCAUCUAAUCACACUCCAACAGCAUAUAAAUUCAGUACAAAACUAAAAAGUAAGUUUCCCUCAGUCCCACAAACAGUUGAUGAAGAGAUGUUUAUAACAGAAGGUUUUGGAAUCGUUUCCUGCCCUACCUGUGGAUGGGAUACUGAAAUAAGAGCUGUUGGAAACUUCAACAAUGUUUCAUUCCUCAGACCACAACAAAUAGAUAUGUUGCAGGCUUACUAUUUUGGUAUAGAUGGAGUUUUUACCAGAGAUUUCCCAAACAAUCCUCCUUUGGAGUUUAAUUAUACUCAAGAUUAUCCACCCCCAUCAUCAUCUUCCUCCUCACCUCCACCACCACCACCAAGCUUUUGGAAUACCCAGACUGGUACAAAAGUUAAAACCCUAAAAUUCAAUAGCAAUGUGCAAAUUGUGUUUCAGGGUACCAGUAUUGUUACAAAGGAGAGCCAUCCUAUACACAUUCAUGGACAUGACUUCUAUGUUGUGGGGCAAGGGUUUGGUAACUAUAACCCUAAAACAGAUCCUGCAAGUUUUAACCUGGUUGAUCCUCAGAUUCUGAACACUGUUGGAGUUCCUACUGGUGGGUGGGCAGCUAUAAGAUUCCAAGCAAACAAUCCAGGGAUCUGGCUGGUUCAUUGCCAUUUUGAAGCUCAUUCAGAACUUGGUUUUGCCAUGGUUUUUCUUGUGGAGAAUGGAAAUGAAGAAUCUCAGAGAUUGCCUCCUCCUCCCCCUGGUUUACCCCAGUGCUAG